UACAAAGUAAGGAAAAGAAGAACCAACGACUAGUAAAUAUUUUGAUCCGCAACUCGUAAAGGCAGAAAAUUAUUUUUUCAAUCGCAAUGGCUUUUCAAAUUCCAUUAAUGCGAAGAGACUAUGACAUCUACAAGAUGAAUAAUGGACGUACCCGUUCAUUAUCAAAUGGCAAGUCAAAUAGCCACAGUCGUAAAGUGUCAGAGUCAACAUCCAUGUCAGCAUCUCCAGGACAUGAAUCAUUUCUAAGUCCACGUCGUACAGCAAGUUGUGUUGCACCUAAUCGAAAUCAUUUCUCACGUGUCAACUCACGUACAUCACAAUCAUCAUUAGUGAUGGGAAAUGGACGAAGUUAUUCGAUGAAGGACACAACAUCACCGCCAAGAGCUAAAGUUGCUGACAGCCAGAACAGCUUGAAUAAGUUCCAUAAUCGAUUGGUCGACAGAUUAUGCAAGGCUUUCAAGAAAAGCUCGUCAAGAGAAGAGACACGAUCAUGAAAAUCGCAUUCAGUCGACCUUUCAUCACCAUUAAGGCGUCCAUCAUCAGAUGUAAGUAAGAAAUUAGUGAGUGCUUCAAGUGCUGAAAUAGCUGCCUUAGAACGUCAGUUCAAGUUAAUACAAACGGAUUCAGAAGAUGAAAGUUCCGACGUCGAAGAUCAGCAUCAGUGCAGUGAGAAGUUUAUUCUAAUUUGAAUUGCUUUAAAUAAAAUAAUAAUCAGCAUAAAAUAUUCAUAC